AUGUACUCACGAUUCCGUCUGUCUUCAAAGGUCCUCACUCCCUUCUCAUUUCCUGUGCGAACCUACACCAUGGCUUCCGAUACUUCCACUUAUAAGCUCAACCACACGAUGUUACGGGUCAAGGACCCUAAGCGAUCGGUUGAGUUCUAUAAGUUCCUUGGCCUGAGUCAGGUCAACAAGCUGGACUUCCCCGAGUGGAAGUUCACCAACUACUUCCUUGCCUACAAUGGCCCGGCCUCUCUCCAGGGUGACCGUCACUGGACUGACCGUAACGCCGUCCUGGAGCUCACCCAUAACCAUGGCACUGAGAGUGAUCCCAACUACAGCGUGGUCAAUGGCAACACCGAGCCCCACCGCGGCUUUGGUCACCUUGCCAUCUCGGUGGACAACAUUGAAGCCGCCUGCAAGCGUAUCGAGGACGCCGGCUAUCCCUUCCAGAAGAAAUUGACUGAGGGACGUAUGCGCCAUAUCGCCUUCGCCAAGGACCCUGAUGGAUACUGGGUGGAGAUCAUUAAGCGUGGCGACGAAGCCCUGUCUACCACCACCGACCCUAGCAGCUAUCGUCUGAACCACACCAUGCUGCGCGUCAAGGACGCCGAAACCAGUCUCAAGUUUUACCAGGAGAAGAUGGGCAUGACCUUGGUCCGCACUAUUGAGAACCCGGACAACAAGUUCAACUUGUACUUCCUGGGCUAUCCCGCCGCCAACCCCGAGAUCAAGGACGGUGCUAAGAACAGUGUUGCGGAGUGGGAGGGUCUGCUGGAGCUGACCUGGAACUACGGUACCGAGAAGCAGGAGGGUCCAGUCUACCACAACGGUAAUACCGAGCCUCAGGGAUUCGGCCACAUCUGUAUUUCGGUCGAUGAUCUCCAAGCGGCCUGUGAGCGCUUCGAGUCGCUCAAGACUGACUUCAAGAAGCGUCUGACAGAUGGCCGGAUGCACAAUGUGGCAUUCCUUUUGGACCCGGAUGGAUAUUGGAUCGAGGUGAUCCAGAACGAGCGGAUCAAGCGCACCUCUAACUGGUAG